AUGGGUAGAUACAUUAGCAGCAACGAAGCUAUUUGGCAUAUUCUCAGCUUUCCCAUACACGAAAGAGAUCCUUCUGUCCAGCAUCUAGCAAUACAUCUUGAAAACGGUCAACGUGUAUACUUCACUGAAGAAGAUCUUCUCCAAAGAGCGUUCGAGGCCCCAAAAACGACACUAACUGAAUUUUUUACAUUGUGUCAAAGAUUUGAUAUUUUUGGCCGAUUCGCAAAGACAUUGCUAUAUGGUGAUGUUCCGCGUUAUUUCACAUGGAACAAAUCCAGUAAAAAAUGGGAACCACGAAAACAAGGAAAACGACAUCCUUCCAUUCCAGGCAUAUUCAAAGCUAAGACAUUGGGGCGACUUUACACAGUACAUCCAAAGCAACGUGAGUGCUUCUAUUUACGUUUGUUAUUGGUGAAUGUGCCUGGACCAACGUCUUUUGAAUUUCUGCGAACAGUUAAUGGUCGAGUAUUCAAUACAUACCAAGAUGCAUGUCGUGAACUGCAAUUGCUAGAAGACGAUAACCAUUGGGACUUAGCGCUUGCUGAUGCUGCGUUGACAUCAAUGCCCAAUAACAUUCGUCAGCUGUUUGCAAUUAUUUUGACGACGUGUUAUCCAUCGCAAGCACAAACUUUGUGGGAAAAAUAUAAAAAUUGCAUGACAGAAGACAUAUUGCACCGAAUUAGACAAACAGAUCAAUGCCAAAACAUAGAUUAUACGCCAGAGAUGUAUAAUGAAGCAUUGGUGUUGAUCGAGGAUUUAUGUGUUCUAAUUUCAAAUUUACCACUUAAUCAUUAUGGUAUGCCAUCACCUAAUCGCCCAGCUACUGACUUAGUCAAUACCGAUUUACAACGAGAACAACAAUAUGACCAUGGAAAUUUAGCCACGAUUAUCACGAACA